AUGGCGUUCAUGGUGAAGAGCAUGGUGGGGGGGCAGCUGAAGAACCUCACGGGCGGCCUGGGCGGCGAGGAGAAGAGCGAGGGCGAGAAGUCUCCGGCCGAGGCGCAGGGCAUGACCCGCGAGGAGUAUGAGGAGUACCAGCGGCAGCUGGUGGAGGAGAAGAUGGAGAGAGAUGCCCAGUUUGCCCAGCGCAAGGCGGAGAGAGCCACGGUCAGGUCCCACUUCCGAGACAAGUACAGGCUCCCCAAGAACGAAACAGAUGACAACCAGAUCCAGCUGGUGGGAGGGGACGUGGAGCUGCCCAAGGAGCUGGCCAAGAUGAUCGAGCAGGACAACGAGGAGGAGGAGGAGAAGAACUCGGUGAUCGGCCAGCUCAGCAACAUCCAGAACCUGGACCUUGAUUCCUUGAAGGACAAAGCCUCGGCCACGCUAGAGGACCUGAAGCAAUCUGCGGAGAAGUGCUCCGUGAUGUGAGGGGCUGAGCAGGGAGGGGACGCAGCGCAGGCUCUGGCGGGGGCUGCUGCCUGCAGCGGGGACCCCAGCGACCUUGUCACCCUUGCCGUGUGUCACUCGGGUCCUCCUGAGCCACGUGACCCCUCGAGUCCCUGACCCAGAUGUCCCUGAUGUGUGGCUUUCGUUUCGUUCUCCGGGCUGAGGUUAGAGCCAAGAGCCAGCAUGUGCCCCCCGUACCCCAAAGCCUCCCCCCGUGCCCGGGCAGGGG